AUGGGUGACAGGGGGACUGAGCAGGAGGCUGUGAUGGGUGACAGGGGGGCUGAACACGCCACACGGACGGAGCUGGAGGAGAUCGUCAGCAGAAUCUCUGAUCUGAACAAAUGGAGAGAAAUCUUUAGUUUCCGUGGCUUGGAAAUCAACAACACAAUUCAUCAGCGAUGCCGGGGCAGAGCUGGAGAUGGAUCACCCGGAGCUGGGGAGCCCCCGGGGCCGCAGCCCCCCUUUACCGUCCCCCAGCCCCUCCCGCUCCCUCUGUGCACGGGCGGCCGCCCCCUCUCCCCGGACACGGCGAUGGGGCUGCAGAAGCUGCUGUUUGGGAACACAACCCCCCUGUUCAGCUGUGAGUGGGCAGCAGCACACUUCAGGUUCCGCCAGCCACACUCUGACCUGGCCUACGCGCUGCAGGCAGGGAAGGGAGGAACAAGAGCUGUUCUGAUGGCCAUACAAGCACACAUCAUCACAUACCUGCUCUUCACAAGAGACACAGAAUAUACUCACCUGGACAGGCUGUGCCGGAUCGGGAGGCAGGAACAGGGGCAGGCUCUGGCCGUGGCCCUGGCAGAGACCCUGUGGGCAGCAGGAGGAGGUGGCAGAGCCGUCGUCUGCCUCACCAGCACAGCUGGCACCUCGAUGCCACGCGCAGGCUGCAGAGCAGAAACCUUCACAGGCAGAAUCCGGCUCUUUGAGUUCUCGGAGAAAGCUGCAGCUCAGGAGUUCAUCUCCCACCACAUAAACUGUUUCAGGUGUGAAGGAAGCCACGGAGUGAUCCUAUUUUUAUACAGUUUACUUUUCUCUAGGACACUUGAAAGGGUCCAAGAGGAUUUGGGUGACACAGCUCCUCUGCUGAACGUCAGUUCUGGAAAUGUCACCUGCACAGAGGCCGUGCUCAGCCUCCUCCUGACGGGACGGGCGAGCCCCCGGGAGCUCGACAGUGGGGCCGGGGAGGCCCGGGGGCAGCGGGGCCCGGUGGGCUUCCUGCGCUGGGAGCGGGUGGCGGAGCGGCAGGUGAGCCCCGCGCUGCGCACCCCCCUCCUGCCCGUGUGGCUGUGCGGUGUCCCCGGCAGGCACGGCGUCCUCUUCGGCACCGACCCCCGGCUGCUCUGCCACUGGAGAGCCGAGAGGCUCUUCCACCUCUACUUCUACAGCGGGCAGCAGGAGCAGACCCGGACGGCCCACCUGACCAUAGGUACAGACCCGGGCUUGCCAGGGGGUGAGGGGUGGGCGUCACAGACCUCUGUCCCUCCUGGCAGCCCCAGCCUGGGAGGCCCUGCUGGGCUCCCCCAGCUCCCUGGGGCAGGGCAGCAGCACAUCUGCACCCAUGUGGCUGCAGAACCUUCUGCUUUUAACCUUCACCAAAACCUUUUUGAGAGGGGUUGGGUUUUUUUAGACUCUUUUAACAGCAUUUCCUCCUCAGACACUCACUCGCGUCACUGGGAAGAGGCCCCAAGUGCAGACGCCUGCAGCCCAGGGAAGAGGUGCCCGGCCCUGGAGAUGGCAAUCAGGACCAAGUGGGCAGGUGCCACCGUCAGCUGGAAUGGGACAGACCCCUUCUUCUGA